AUGGGCACUGACGUCCGCGACCGGUGUGUGAAAGGUUGGGAUCUGGAGCCGUCCAGACGCGGGGACCGGGAAUGGGAGCAGCGAGAUCGACGAGACUACGCGGACAAUCGUGACUAUCGGGACGGAAAGGACCGGGACAAAGACCGUGGCCGAGACCGUGACCGCAAUGACGGACGUGACCGGCGGGACAAGGACCGACGAGAGCGUCGGGACAGUCGCGACAACCGUGGCGGGCGAGAGGACCGAAGGUCGCGCUCGCGCAACAGAC